GCGUAGCCCGAUCUUGAUAAAAACGACCGAUCCCUUAGUAUCUUUUCCAGAAACGGCAAAAUCAAUCUGUUUCUCUGUUUCAAAUCGGAUUAUUUUAUCCUUCCAAACCCGAGAGUAAUGUCGGCAUCGGACUUUCACCAGAAAUAACCAAAUCAAAUUAUUCAAAUCGAUCCCCAAAAAAUAAAAAACUGCACUUUUUAUUCUUUGAUCGAAAUGAACGAAGACGAUGCCCUUCCAACAACGACGGCUAAUGCGAAGAAAGAAAGCUCCGAUUCGAGUAUCUUUGGUAAAGGCCGCUACAAGUUUUGGGCGUUGGCCGCCAUUUUGUUGCUCGCAUUUUGGUCCAUGCUAACCGGCACCGUCACUCUCCGUUGGUCCGCCGAUAACCUCAAUCGCCUCUCCGAAGAUCUCGACAACCCCAUUCGCGAUGAUCUUGACGUCCUCGAAAUGGAGGAGAGGGAGAAGGUGGUGAAGCAUAUGUGGGACGUGUACACCAAUAGCCGUCGGGUCAGAUUACCGAGGUUCUGGGAGGAGGCCUUCGAGGCUGCCUACGAGGAUUUAACAAGUGACGAACCUGGUGUUCGGGAGGCCGCCAUUACUGAGAUCGCUAAGAUGUCAGUGCGCUCCAUUGACCUCGAUCCUCCCCCUGUCCAAUCAACGGAGCUUUCACCUGUGCUUCAAUCAUGUUCUCAGUAGGGGUCUUGCUAGGAUUAUUUGCAGUGAGAACAUAUGAGAUGCUAAGAAGGCUUAGAUAAAAUAGACCUACACUUCCAUCUCUUGAAAUGGUUUCCUUGAAACGGAAGGGUUUAUUUAGAUCUCCAAUGCUUUCCAUGGAUUUUUCGGUUGUAGGAUCCAUUUGAAUCUCUUAAAAAUUGUUGGUAAAAUACACAUUAAUAAACUAAAAAUUACAAUGAAAUAGAGAUUGAAACGAAACCAAGUUGGAUUCAAGCACGAAAAGGUCGAUCUUUGCGGUAGACAAAUUUUCUAAUGAAGCGGUGUAGUAGACUUCCUUUUGACUUGUUUCCUCUAGGAUAUAACAGCCCAAUUGCUUGUCAUGUAGCUCAAACCAACUAUGCACAAGAGGUUGAGUCCAAAACUCUACUAGAAAAGAACACACCUAUUUUUUCUCCCUUUGGAAAAAUUCUCAAGAGCAUGCACACACUUUUAUUUUUUAUUUUUUAAUUAAUAUUUGUUUCCCAAAGUUGGACCCCCAAAAGUGGUGUGGAUGCUCUUAAGGAUUUUUCCAGAUAAAGAAAAAA